AACCAACCAACCACAAAUGCACUCAUUUUCUUGCCCACUCUGUUCAAUUCCCGGGCCAUAGGAGGCUUUUCUUCGAACCAAAUUUCGAGUUGCACAUCUGCAGGUACAAGUGGCAACCUGGAACUUCUGGUUCACAAUGAAGCUCGUCAAGCUCAACACGGCGCUCAUCGCGGCCGCCCUCCAGCAGCACGAGGAAACGGGCACGCCAGUCUCUUUCAACACGUUAUUCCACCCCGAGUCCUCCGCGCCAGAACUCACCCGCCCGUCCGAAAAGCCAUACUUCUUCAAGCACUGGCUCCCGCUGAUUCUCCACACGCGCGAGCGAACCAUUUCCCUCACCCACACGACAAACGCAAACGCGACGCUGCCCCGCAAUCCAAACCAUCCGCCUCACCAGAGCCCGAACCAAACUCCUCAUGGACGCAACCGAAGCCUCCCUCCAGGCGGGGCACCUCAACCGAUUAUACCGCGAGAACCUCACGACGAGCUCGCGCCGGUCUUGGCUCCGACCUUCCCGGCGGAGGGCCUCUUUCUCCGACUCGACGAGUGCUCGCCGAACGACGGCGCAGGGCCGCUGGUGCUACGCAAUGUCGAGGACGUGCUGCUCAAGCUAGUCACGUCUGUCCGGGCGCGGAACGCGCUUGUCCACCUUCUUGACUCUGUCGACGAGAACGAGAACGGGUUUGAGUUGUUCUGCCUGCCGUUUGAUGACCGAAUGGCCGCGGACAGGGAGUAUAGAGUGUUUUAUCGGCCUGGAGAUAGCAGGGUUUAUACCAUUAGUCAGUACCGCUGGUAUCGAGCCUGGCGGUUUCAGGGGGGUGGAGAGGCGGAGUAGAAGAAAAUUGCCAGGAGAGUCUAGGGAGGGGGCAGAAGAGGCCAGGGACAUGAUUUUGGCGGAGGUAGCUAAGGGAGG